AUGGUCGGCUGCUUAGUGGCCGACCAAGACGCACCGCCAUAUCCGACAAGCUUGCGGCUCACGAGCCCGGCGAACCUCCGGCGAGCUCAAAGAGAGUACACUUUUGAGGACGAUUCCCAAGGAGAAGAAAAUGAAGCCCACUUGAAGGAGGAAUCACGUCGCAAAGUUACUCAUGGUUUUGGUUUAGUCGAGGGAAAGAUGGCUCACGGAAUGGAAGACUUCAUCGUCGCAGAAAAGAGAGAGCAUGACGGCGAUGAAUUAGGUCUAUAUGCCAUCUUUGAUGGACACUCUGGCUGCAAAGUUGCAGAGUACUUGCAGCACCAUCUUUUUGACAAUAUACUAAGCGAGCCAGACUUCUGGACAAACCCGACACGCGCAAUCAAGCGGGCCUACAAAAAGACGAACAACGAAGUUUUACAAGGUGUAGUCAGCUCAAGAGGAGGUUCGACGGCAGUCACAGCUGUACUGAUCAAUAGGGAGAAGCUGGUAGUAGCUAAUGUAGGUGACUCUCGUGCGAUCAUAUGUGAAAACGGCAAAGCUAAACAGAUAAUGGUCGAUCAUGAACCGCAAAAGGAAAGGGAGCUCGUAGAAAGCAGAGGAGGAUUUGUAUCUCAGACACCAGGAAACGUUCCGCGGGUGGACGGUCAACUUGCGAUGACCAGGGCUUUCGGCGAUGAGAAAGUGAAGGAUCAUAUCACAUCCGAACCUGAUAUAUUCAUCGAGAACAUCAACGAAGGGACCGAAUUCAUUCUUUUGGCAAGCGACGGCCUCUGGAAGGUUAUGUCGAAUCAAGAGGCGGCGGAUUGCAUAAUGGACAUAGAUGAUGCUCGGGAAGCGUCAAAGGCGUUGAUCAAAGAAGCAUUGUCCCGAAAAAGUGCCGAUGACAUUUCAUGCAUCGUGGUAAAAUUCGAGUGA